GCUGCCGGUGAUAAUCGCCGUCGAGUGCUGGGUGACGCGUUGUUCCUUGUCCGCUUUCCCCUUAUGUCCGAUGCGCAAUUGGCUACGGGAUCCGUCAAAAGCGCCUUACUGCUACCGACGGAGCUGCGGGAUAUUAACCGCUGCAGACAUAAAUUACAUAACACGCUGCGCCACCCCGUGCAAUUUCCCACGGAACCCCGAAAAUACGUUGCGCACACGAUCGGUGAGGUGGUUUUCGAGGAUAUGGAAGAGGUGUUCGUAAAACGGGAUAAAUGGCACUGGGAUUCCAGCUACAUUGUCGGAGUACGGGCACUCCAGUUCACAUAUUCGAGGUAUCGAUUCGGCGGAUCAGAUGGGGCUGCGCAUCCUGAUAGAAUCGUGCGCGCUGCAAACGUCCUGCACAGCCACUGCAAAGUUCAUGUGCGCGGUAUUAACGGUGUCUAUGUGGUGGCUGACUACGUCUCGCGGUCGGGUGAUUGUCAUGUGGUCGUUGUAGCUGGACGAGAAAGCGUUGUGCAUUUUAACCAGUUACGGAUUUCCAUGGAUGCCGAUACAGAUGAGCAAGUCAGAUCCAGCUGAAACAUUAUUAUGCGAUGGGCGGAUGUAUAGGCGUUGUGUUUCCCACGGAUCCCGUGAGAAUCACAAACAAUUAACAAUUUAUCCAGACGUACAUAACGGCCGGCCCAUAAGAAUAUGUUUUACACCAAUGUGUCCUGCUGUGUUGCAGCCCGCUGCUUGCAAAUGGUUGCACCUUUGCGGCACCCAUUCUUUUGUAU